GAUCCCUGGACUCUCUUGGGACAACUUCCACCCUGCAUCCUCUUGCACCUCGGGGCACAGUGCGCAAGUGGGCUUGCCUUAGCCCCUCCAGCCAGAUUUUUUUUUUUUUUUUUGAGACAGAGUCUCGCUCUGUUGCCCAGGCUGGAGUGCAGUGGCGCGAUCUCGGCUCACUGCAAGCUCCGGCUCCCGGGUUCACGCCAUUCUCCUGCCUCAGCCUCUCUGAGUAGCUGGGACUACAGGCGCCCGCCACCACGCCCGGCUAAUUUUUUGUAUUUUUAGUAGAGACGGGGUUUCACAGUGUUAGCCAGGAUGGUCUCGAUCUCCUGACCUCGUGAUCCGCCCGCCUCGGCCUCCCAAAGUGCUGGGAUUACAGGCUUGAGCCACCGCGCCCGGCCCCCAGCCAGAUUUUUGAGGCCUCUGUCACACACCCCCACAAGCCCCUCCCCCAGCCCUCAGAGACUUUUCUUGACUUCCACCAGUUGCUAGGUGAGAGUGGAGAAGCCCCUCCUUCAUCCCCCAGGCUCCCUUCCUUCCUGGAGCUGCAGCCUCGGCAUCCUCCGCCCAGCACCCCAGGAUUCAGGCGGUGGGUCCCGCCCUUGUAGGCUGUCCACCUCAAACGGGCCGGGCAGGAUAUAUAAGAGAGAAUGCACCGCGCACCACACACGCAACUCCUGCGCUGUUGCAGCCGGAGCCGCCCAGCCCACCGAGAGGCUAGUUCCGGCCAGGGUCGCCCCGGCAACCACGAGGCCAGCCAAUCAGCGCCCUGAACUGCACCAGAGCCAUGGCCGGCAGAAGAGCACUGAUCGUACUGGCUCACUCAGAGAGGACAUCCUUCAACUAUGCCAUGAAGGAGGCUGCUGUAGCAGCUUUGCAGAAGAAAGGAUGGGAGGUGGUGGAGUCAGACCUCUAUGCCAUGAACUUCAAUCCCAUCAUUUCCAGAAAGGACAUCACAGGUAAACUGAAGGACCCUGCGAACUUUCAGUAUCCUGCCGAGUCUGUUCUGGCUUAUAAAGAAGGCCGUCUGAGCCCAGAUAUUGUGGCUGAACAAAAGAAGCUGGAAGCCGCAGACCUUGUGAUAUUCCAGUUCCCCCUGCAGUGGUUUGGAGUCCCUGCCAUUCUGAAAGGCUGGUUUGAGCGAGUGUUCGUAGGAGAGUUUGCUUACACGUACACUGCCAUGUAUGACAAAGGACCCUUCCAGAGUAAGAAGGCCGUGCUUUCCAUCACCACUGGUGGCAGCGGCUCCAUGUACUCUCUGCAAGGGAUUCACGGGGACAUGAAUGUCAUUCUCUGGCCAAUUCAGAGUGGCAUUCUGCAUUUCUGUGGCUUCCAAGUCUUAGAACCUCAGCUGACAUAUAGCAUUGGGCACACUCCAGCAGAUGCCCGAAUUCAGAUCCUGGAAGGAUGGAAGAAACGCCUGGAGAAUAUUUGGGAUGAGACACCACUGUAUUUUGCUCCAAGCAGCCUCUUUGACCUAAACUUCCAGGCAGGAUUCUUAAUGAAAAAAGAGGUACAGGAUGAGGAGAAAAACAAGAAAUUUGGCCUUUCUGUGGGCCAUCACUUGGGCAAGUCCAUCCCAACUGACAACCAGAUCAAAGCUAGAAAAUGAGAUUCCUAAGACUGGAUUUUCUUCUAACAUGUUAUCAAAUCUGGGUGUCUUUCCAGGCUUCCCUGGCUUGCUUUAGUUUUUAAGAUUUGGGUUUUUCUUUUUCCACAAGGAAUUAAUAGGAGAGGGAAUCGACUGUAUUCGUGCAUUUUUGGAUCAUUUUUGACUGACUCUUAUGAUUACUAUCAUGGCAUAUAACCAAAAUCCGACUGGGCUUAAGAGGCCACUUAGGGAAAGAUGUAGAAAGAUGCUAGAAAAUGUUCUUUAAAGGCAUCUACACAAUUUAAUUCCUAUUUUUAGGGCUAAAGUUUUAGGGUAAAGUUUGGCUGGGUAUCAUUCAACUCUCCAAUGUUCUAUUAAUCACCUCUCUGUAGUUUAUGGCAGAAGGGAAUUGCUCAGAGAAGGAAAAGACUGAAUCUACCUGCCCUAAGGGACUUGUUUGGUAGUUAGUAAUCUAAUGCUUGUUUAUGAUAUUUCUUGCUUUCAAUUACAAUGCAGUGACUAAUAUGCCUAGCACAAGUAUCACUCUUCGUCAACUUUUGUUGUUUGUAUACAGUACACAGAUACCUUGAAAGGAAGAGCUAAUAAAUCUCUUUACUGCAGUCAUCUACUUUUUUUUUUUUUUUUUUUUGAGACGGAGUCUCGCUCUGUCGCCCAGGCUGGAGUGCAGUGGCGCAAUCUUGGCUCACUGCAAGCUCUGCCUCCCGGGUUCACGCCAUUCUCCUGCCUCAGCCUCUCCGAGUAGCUGGGACUACAGGCGCCCACCACCACGCCCGGCUAAUUUUUUUUUUUUGUAUUUUUAGUAGAGACGGGGUUUCACCGUGGUCUCGAUCUUCUGACCUCGUGAUCCGCCCGCCUCGGCCUCCCAAAGUGCUGGGAUUACAAGCGUGAGCCACCGCGCCCGGCCUACUUUUUUUUUUUAAUUAAAAAUAAUUUUUUUUGAAGCAGUCUUGCGCUGUCACCCAGGCUGGAGUGCAGCGGCGUGAUCUCGGCUCACUGCAACCUCUGCCUUCCAAGUUCCAGCGAUUCUCCUGCCUCAGCCUCCCUAGUAGCUGGGAUGACAGGCGCCUGCCAUCAUGCCUGGCUAAUUUUUAAAUUUUUAGUAGAGACGGGGUUUCACUAUGUUGGCCAGGCUGGUCUCGAACUCGUGACCUCAGGUGAUCCGCCUGCCUCAGCCUCCCAAAGUGCUGGGAUUACAGGUGUGAGCCACUGCACCUGGCCUUUGCAAUCUUCUACUUUAAGGUUUGCAGAGGUAAACCAAUAAAUCCACACUGUACAUCUGCAAUAUGAAUUCAAGAAAGGAAAUAGUACCUUCAAUACUUAAAAACAGCCUUCCACAAAAAUACUUUAUUCCUGAUCUAUACAAACUUUCAGAAGGUUAUUUUCUUUAUCAUUGCUAAACUGAUGACUUACCAUGGGAUGGGGUCCAGUCCCAUGACUUUGGGGUACAAUUGUAAACCUAGAGUUUUAUCAACUUUGGUGAACAGUUUUGGCAUAACAGUCAAUUUCUACUUCUAGAAGUCAUCUCAUCCCACUGUUAGUAUGAUAUAAUUCAAGGAGCAUAUGAUAAAACACUGCCCUCUUGUGGUGCAUUGAAAGAAGAGAUGAGAAAUGAAAAGGUUGCCUGAAAAAUGGGAGACAGCCUCUUACUUGCCAAGAAAAUGAAGGGAUUGGACCGAGCUGGAGAACCUCCUUUACCAGAUGCUGACUGGCACUGGUGGUUUUUGCUCUCGACAGUAUCUACAAUAGCUGACGGCUUGGUGUUUCAGUUUGAAAAUAUUUUCUGUUGCCUUCAUCUUCACUGCAAUUUUGUGUAAAUUUCUCAAAGAUCUGAAUUAAAUAAAUAAAAUUCAUUUCUACAAAA